AUUAUUAGCAGUAGCUGCAAGACAUCAUUAAUGGAGAUGUGAAGGUGAACAUGGAGCAGUCUGUAGUGCAACAAGGAAGGCACCGAAUGAUUGAUCCCCUCUCAGGCCCAGACACUAUUUGGAUCUCAUGCGUAUGUCUCUGUUCUCUUGCAUGCAUGCAGAAAGCCAGUUAGGUGUAGCAUCCAUUGCCUUUUGGUUCCAUCACUACCACCCCAAACCUACCGCACAGUUACCAUUCCCUCCAUCGGUAACAUUCGAAAGUUCCAACAACAGCGCUUCUUCUUCUUCUUCUUCUUCUUCUUCUUCUUCUACCUUUUCCCUCUUCCAACAAUAUAAACGUUAACAGAGAUCGAAGCAAAGCCCACAAAAGACUGAGUCUAAAACCCACGCCCUUCACCCGACACUCUGCAGUCCUCGUCGGAGCUCAACUCAGAGCUCGCUAGUAAUACUAUUACAUAAGCGAGCGUUAGUGAGAAAGUAAUGGCGUCACUUUGCCGUCACUUCCUACUCUUGCUCCUCGUCAUCCUUGCUCCCGGGAAACUAGCCAAGGUGGCGGAGGACGCGACGGAGGUCGAGGCUCUCCUCGAACUCAAAGCUGCUGUAUCAGACCCGUCCGCGGCCCUCUCAGCCUGGAACUCCUCCGACGGCGUCGACCACUGCUCCUGGCCGGGAGUCGCCUGUGACCCGCUUCGGGGCUCCGUCGUCUCCCUCGACCUCUCCGGACUCAACCUUUCCGGCACGCUUUCCCCUGCCGUCGGCCGUCUUCGUCACCUCCUCAACCUCUCCGUCGCUUCCAACUCCCUCUCCGGCCCCAUCCCCGCUGACCUUUCCCGCCUCGCCGACCUCCGCCACCUUAACCUCUCCGACAACCUCCUCAACGGCUCCUUUCCCUCCGCCCUCGCCCACCUGAAGAACCUCCUCGUCCUCGACCUCUACAACAACAACCUCACCGGCCCCCUCCCCGCCGAGGUCGCCGAGCUACCUAACCUCCGCCACCUCCAUCUCGGCGGCAACUUCUUCACCGGCGUCAUUCCCCCGGAGUUCGGCGGCUGGGAGUUCCUCGAGUACCUCGCCGUCUCCGGCAACGAUCUCGGCGGCCCCAUCCCGCCAGAGCUCGGCAACCUCACCCGCCUUCGACAGCUGUAUGUUGGCUAUUUCAACAGCUUCGUGGGCGGCAUCCCACCCGAGAUAGGCAGACUCGCGGCGCUCGUCCGUCUGGACAUGGCCAACUGCGGCCUCAGCGGCGCGAUCCCGCCCGAGCUCGGGAACCUCCAGAAUCUCGACACUCUGUUCCUCCAGGUGAAUGGUCUGGCCGGUGAUAUACCAUCGGCGCUCGGCCGCUUGCGCAGCCUCAAGUCCAUGGAUAUCUCCAACAAUGCCCUCACCGGCGAGAUUCCCUCCACCUUCGCCGACCUCCAGAACCUGACUCUGCUCAACCUGUUCCGCAACAAACUCCAAGGGUCGAUCCCGGAGUGCGUCGGCGACCUGCCGGCGCUGGAGGUGCUGCAGCUCUGGGAGAACAAUUUCACCGGUGGGAUCCCGCAACGACUCGGGGAGAGCGCUCGGCUCCAGCUCCUCGAUGUAUCGUCGAACAAGCUCACGGGGAACCUACCGCCGGACCUGUGCUCUGGCAACAGGCUGCAAACUCUCAUUGUGCUACGGAACUUCCUCUUCGGCCCAAUACCAGAGACCCUUGGCCGGUGCGAAUCACUCGGUCGGAUCCGUAUGGGGCAAAACUACCUCAAUGCAUCGAUCCCUGAUGCUCUCUUCAGCUUGCCCAAGCUCUCGCAGAUCGAGCUCGAAGACAAUCUCCUCACCGGCGGGUUCCCGGACACCGGCAACGCCGCCAUCUCUCCGGACCUCGGCCUGAUUAACCUCUCCAACAACCGGCUCUCAGGACCACUCCCGCGGUCCAUCGGCAAGUACUCCGGCGUCCAGAAACUCCUCUUGAACCAGAACCAGUUCUCGGGCCGUAUCCCGCCGGAAACUGGGAGGCUGCAGGAGCUCUGCAAGCUGGAUUUAAGCGGGAACCGGUUUUCUGGCCCGAUAGCGCCGGAGAUAAGCCGGUGCAAGCUCCUAGCUUUCGUGGACCUCAGCCGGAACGAGAUAUCCGGCGAGAUCCCACCAGAUAUUGCCGGAAUGAGGAUCUUGAACUACCUCAACUUGUCUAGGAAUCACCUCGAAGGGAGCAUUCCGCAAUCACUCGCCACGAUCCAGAGCCUCACGGCGGUCGAUUUCUCAUAUAAUAACCUCUCCGGCCUUGUCUCCGGCACCGGCCAGUUCAGUUACUUCAAUGUGAGCUCGUUCGUCGGCAAUCCCGGUCUCUGCGGUCCGUACCUCGGUCCCUGCAGCUCCGCGAUUAAGGGUACCGGCUCCCCUCUUGCAUGGGGAUCGCUCUCGUCCUCCUUCAAGGUGCUAGUGGUUGCUGGUCUCCUCAUCUGUUCCAUUGCCUUCGCCAUUUCCGCCAUCAUCAAAGCUGUGUUACUGAAGAAGGCAAGCGAGGCCCGAGCGUGGAAGCUCACGGCUUUCCAGCGUCUCGACUUCACCUGUCACGAUGUGCUCGACUGCCUGAAGGAGGAGAACGUCAUCGGAAAAGGCGGCGCAGGCGUCGUGUACAAAGGUGUCAUGCCCAAUGGCGAACAGCUUGCGGUGAAGCGGCUCCCGGCGAUGAGUCGGGGCUCGCCGCAUGACCAUGGCUUCUCGGCCGAGAUACAGACCCUCGGGAGGAUUCGGCAUCGUCACGUUGUUAGGCUUCUGGGUUUCUGCUCCAACCACGAGACCAAUCUCUUGGUCUACGAGUACAUGCCCAACGGGAGCCUUGGCGAGGUCCUUCACGGGAAGAAGGGCGGCCAUCUGCUUUGGGACACCCGGUACAAGAUCGCCGUCGAGGCUGCAAGGGGACUCUGCUAUCUCCACCAUGACUGUUCGCCGCCGAUCCUGCACCGCGACGUGAAGUCCAACAACAUCCUUCUCGAUUCAGAUUUCGAAGCCCAUGUCGCGGAUUUCGGGCUCGCCAAGUUCUUGCAAGACUCUGGCACGUCCGAGUGCAUGUCCGCCGUCGCCGGCUCCUACGGCUACAUUGCUCCAGAGUAUGCAUACACGUUGAAGGUAGACGAGAAGAGUGAUGUGUACAGCUUCGGCGUGGUGCUUCUCGAGCUGGUGACCGGAAAGAAGCCGGUGGGCGAGUUAGGCGAUGGCGUCGACAUCGUUCAGUGGGUUCGGGAGACGACAGACUCCAAGAAGGAAGGAGUACUUCAGAUUCUGGAUCGCAGGCUGCCCACAGUUCCCCUGGACGAAGCCAUGCAUGUCUUCUACGUCGCCAUGCUGUGCGUCGAGGAACAGAGCGUGGAACGCCCGACGAUGAGGGAGGUUGUUCAGAUACUAAUGGAUCGACCAAAAGGACAUGGCUGUGACGCACCCAUCAAGGAAGUGAAGGAACAGCAGCAGCGGGCUGCAGAAAACUCACCACCACCGGAUCUCCUCAGUAUUUGAAAUGCCGGCACUUGGAUCGGAAAGCUGUCGAAGGGUGAUCGACGAACCUUAUCACUUCAAACCUGUUCAUGGUGAUGGCAAUGUCUUGUGAAGUUGUUUGUCUUGUUACAAGGGAGCAACUUGAGCCUUUAGAUCAAUCUACUUUACAGGGACAGAAAGAAUGUCCUGAUCUCAUUUAUCUUCUUCAUGAAAGACAGAGGCCUUCCUGUUUCCUCUGUGUCAGUGAUCAGUACUUGUUUGAUGCGCCUUGGAUCAUAUGAUGAUCUGUAAUGAGAAAUAAUGGGAAUCGAAUAAUGUCCGGCCUUUGGCACACCAAACGAGAUGGGCUCUGAAGAACCUCGCCGUAGCUCUGUUUGGCGUGCCAGUGGUGAAGUCGAGCCCAAAGGCCAGAAAGAAUGGACACGAAGGCCUCAUCGUCCACAUUUUCUGGAUCGCUGAGCUGUGUUAUCUGUGAGACAGUGAGCAUGAGGAGCACUGCUGUGGUGG